CACACAAAUCCAAAAAUCCAUCGUCAUGCCAUAAAAAGCCGAACAAUCAAACCCAAAAGUCUGAAAAACAACGCCACACAGAAGCAUCAGCAUCCAGCAAAAGCAGCACCAGGUAAGAAGCUGAACCGGACAAUAACACCUAAAUUCAUGAAAAUCAACCCCCCCAAUCGUAAAAAUUCAUAAAUCUCAUCAAGCCCUAAAAAUAUUAAAAAAAUAAUAAAAAAAAGAUAAAUGCCAUUAUCUUCAGAAAAUUACAGCCCCAGAAAGAAAUUAAAGAAGCCCCUCAGCCUCCCCAAUAUCUGGUUCAAAGACCAAUCCCUCAAGCAUGUCAUUUUCAAUAUGCACCUUCGCUCCCUCAAUGAUCGCCAUCAUCAUCAUCAUCAUCUGAUCAUACCUGAUGAUGAUCCCAGCCCUCCAUCACCGGGUCCCACCUCCCGUUUUGACCACACCUCCCUCCUUCCCGACUCCAUCCUUCUCCGCAUCCUAUCUUUCCUCCCUCCCUCCCAAUACAACCCCAACUCCCUCGUUUGCCGUCGAUGGCUCCUCCUCACUGGCCGCCUCAUCCGCACCGUUCGUCUCCUCGACUGGAACUUCCUCGAAUCGGGCCGCCUGAUCGACCGAUUCCCCAACGUCACCGACGUUGAUCUCGUCCCCGCCUGCAUCGAAUCCCCUUACAAUUCAUCCGUCCACGUCACCCACCGCCUCAUCUCCCUCCACCUCGACGCCGAUCUCGACGAAGACGACAACGCCCGCCAUUUCAUCCCCGACAAGCUCUUCCUACCUGCGGAUUCCGUCGACGACGGUCUCCGCAUCCUCGCUCGCGGCUGCCCGAACCUCCGCAAGCUCGUCCUCAUCGCCACCGAGGCCGGCCUUGCCUCUAUUGCUACCGACUGCCCGAAUCUCCAGGAGCUGGAGCUCCACCGCUGCACCGAUCUCUCCCUGCGCGCCAUCUUCGCCUGCCAGAAUCUGCAGAUCUUGAGGUUGGUCGGCAUCGUGGAUGGAUUCUACUAUUCAACGGUCUCCGACAUUGGGCUGACAAUCCUGGCCCACGGGUGCAGGCGGCUGGUGAAGCUGGAGCUGUGUGGGUGCGAGGGGAGCUACGAUGGGAUCAGCGCCAUUGGGAAGUGCUGCCUGAUGCUGGAGGAGCUGACACUUUACGACCACCGGAUGGACAGCGGCUGGAUUGCCGCACUGUCAUUUUGCCAUAAUUUGAAGACACUGAGGCUGCUGGGGUGUAAGAGAAUUGAUCCAAAGCCAGGGGCUGUUGAGCACCUGGGAUCGUGCCCGACGCUGGAGCGGUUGCACGUGCAGCGUUGCCACCUACGGGAUAAGGAUAGUGUCAAUGCAUUGUUUGUGGUAUGUGGGGCAGUGAGGGAGAUUGAAUUUCAGGAUUGUUGGGGAUUGGAUGAUGAGAUGUUCGGCAUUGCAACUAUUUGCAGGAGGGUAAAGCUUCUAUCUCUGGAAGGAUGCUCAUUACUGACAGCAGAUGGUUUGGAGUCCGUUGUUCUUUCUUGGAAGGAGCUUCAAAGGCUUAGAAUAGUAUCGUGUAACAAUAUACGGGACAGUGAAGUCACUCCUGCCCUUUCAAAUUUACUUUCUGUUCUUAAAGAGUUCAAAUGGCGGCCAGAUUCCAGAUCUGUUCUUGCAUCAAGUCUUGCGGGGACAGGAAUGGGAAAUAAAGGCGGAAGAUUUUUCAACUGGGCGUGAGGACUGACUGAAUUAUUACCUGAUGCUGAGAACCAUAGCUUCCUUGUUGACAAUAUUAUUCAAAUGACUCACACGGCAACUGCAAAAGGAUCGUCUAGAGAUACCAACACCUACCUAUAUGCUGCCAUUGUUUCCAUCAAGUUUCAGAUGGUGAACAUGUCAUGUAUAGGAGGAUGGUUCGCCAUUUUUUAUUAGAGUUAGCCAGCCAAAGAGAGCCUACAACUGCUUGCAGAAUAGUAACUUGUUCUGCAGAUUCAGUUUGCCCAGCAUCGAAAUUUCUUCAUUGAUGUAUUAGGAGUAGCUCCUUUCUUAGAUUUCUUAUAUUCAUUCUACUGUUUAACAAGGUUAGAAAUGCUAAUCCCUGUUUUGCUGGGUAGAUGGAUGUCGAGAAUUCUGUAUAUCAAACUUUUUUUUUUCAUUUUAUAUAGUCAGAGCUUUCAUA